AUGGCACAAAGAUUUUCACUUCACUCAAGCUCAUCUAAUAUGAAAAGAUCUGCAGGCUCCUCAAAAACAGCUCCUGUCCUAUCAAGAGCCUCAGAUAGAAACAGCGUCGAAAAAUCUUUAAAACAAGCCCAGCCUUCCCCAUUUUCAAAAAUCUCAAGUAUGACUAAUCUAAAAUUAAAAUCUCUCCCCAGAUUUUUGCAAUCAAAAGGACACGAAAUUCCGUCUUUGUCAGGCAGAUUAUCCCCUUGUCUUACACAAAGGGCUCCAACUCCUUAUAUGGAAUCGCCAAGACUGUUAGAUAGAUAUUCUCCAAGUCUCACAAGUCGAAUGCCUGCUAAAACCCCUGAUCUGAGAGCAAGAAGUACAAGAGAGUCCAGUAUAAUUUCAAAUUGUCCAAUAAAGCUUGAUUUUCCUUCAAAAUUUCAAGACCCUAAGGACCAUUUCAGAAGCUCUGUUUUUGACCAUUUCAAAGAUCCAACAGAAAUUUUGAUCCACACGAAAAAUUAUGAGCUUUCUCGUGAUGAAUUAGCAACUUUGCAGCCUUUUGUACAGAUUUCUCUUAAAGUUGUAAAUGCUAUUCUGAGUAUUUACAAGCUAAAAAACCAGGAGAGAAAAAACACAGACAAAAUUUAUGACAGAGUUUUCGUCUCAUCAAUAGAAUUAUCAAAAAAAGUCUUCAGUAACUCUGAAGAUUUUCAUGUGAGCCAAAAUAUUUUUAAGCACGAUUUCUUAUUAUUUCCAGUUUUCGUUGGAUUUUGGACACUAUUAGUAGUCAAUUUAAGAGAGAGACAAGUAAAUUAUUAUGAUCCGACUAGAUCUUUUACUUAUUCAGAAGACGCAUUUAAUUCGUUUUUUGAGUUUUUUAAAAGGGAAAUGAAUAUUACAAAAAUCAAGAAAUUAAAGAAUCAUCUAGGAAUUACUUCUCAUUUGCCAAUGUUGAAGAAGACAACGAUUUUGAAGAAAUCGACUCAGCCGUUUAUAUACUUAUGCAUGUUAAAAAUUUUACAUUAG